UUUGCUGCUGAAGCUGCUGGAUGGCUGUAGCGCUCCGCUGGAUCUUCUCACGGAGAGCCGAUAGAAAGUUCAUCUCCGUCCGGAUUUGACUGCAACUUUCUGCCUAGAGCAAAUCAUAAUUCCAGAUUAAGACGCUUGCUCAUCCGUUUUCAGUCAGAUAGCUCAUGAUUCUGUUUUAUCAUCACCUGCAGUGAGGAUGUUGUGGUUGGUUUUGUUCCUGCCUGCCAUCUCCUUGGCUCAGCGAUCAGAGCCUAUGUUCUCAGCUAUAACCAACACUGUCCUUCCUCCUGACUAUGACAACAACCCUACCCAGCUCAACUACGGUGUGGCCAUCACUGAUGUGGACGGGGACGGAGACCUGGAGAUGUUUGUAGCUGGCUACAAUGGCCCAAACCUGGUGCUGAAGUAUGACAAGCAGAAGAAAAGGCUCAUCAACAUUGCUGUUGACAACCGUAGCUCCCCUUUCUACGCCCUGCGAGACCGCCAAGGCAACGCCAUCGGAGUGACAGCGUGUGACAUCGAUGGAGACGGCCGGGAGGAAAUUUAUGUCCUUAACACCAAUAAUGCUUUCUCUGGUCGGGCAACCUAUUCAGACAAGCUGUUUAAGUUCCGUAAUGGACGCUUUGAAGAUCUGCUGAACGAUGACAUUAAUGAACACAGAGAUGUUGCCAACCGUAUGGCUGGGCGCUCAGUGGCCUGUGUGGACAGAAAGGGUUCAGGCCGUUACGCUAUCUACAUAGCCAACUAUGCCAGUGGCAACGUGGGUCCUCAUUCUCUCAUUGAAAUGGAUGAGGCAGCGAGUGAUCUUUCACAGGGCGUCAUUGCCCUCUCCAACGUGGCAGAGCAGGCCGGAGUCAACAAGUUCACAGGAGGGCGAGGUGUCGUGGUGGGGCCCAUUGUCAGUCAAACCUUGUCUGAUGUGUUUUGCGUCAACGAGUACGGACCAAACUUCCUGUUCAGGAACAACGGAGAUGGAACUUUUACUGAUGUGGCGCAGCAGGCUGGUGUGGAGGACCCCAUGCAGCAUGGCAGAGGGGUUGCUCUGGGAGACUUCAAUCGUGACGGAAAGACAGACAUCGUCUACGGGAACUGGAAUGGACCCCAUCGCCUGUACAUGCAGUUGAAUAACCGCAAACAGAAGUUCAAGGACAUAGCAUCCCAGAAGUUUUCUAUGCCAUCCCCAGUUCGCACCGUCAUGGCUGCUGACUUUGACAAUGACAAUGAGCUGGAGGUCUUUUUCAAUAACAUUGCCUACAGGGGCCCCUCCGCCAACAGGCUCUUUAGGGUGAGCAGGAGAGAGCAUGGAGACCCCCAGAUAGAAGAGUUGAAUGUUGGGGAAGCAUCAGAGCCUGAAGGACGAGGAACCGGAGCUGUAGCCACAGACUUUGACGGUGAUGGCCGUCUGGAACUGCUGAUAUCUCAUGGUGAAAGUGCUGCACAGCCGCUCUCUGUCUACAAAGUCAACCAGGGGACCACUAACGCCUGGCUGCGAGUGAUUCCCCGGACCAAGUUUGGUGCUUUCGCCAGAGGAGCUAAAGUGGUGUUGUACACUAAAAAGAGUGGCCCACACACACGGAUCAUUGACGGUGGCUCAGGGUACCUGUGUGAGAUGGAGCCUGUUGCCCACUUUGGCCUUGGUAAGGAUGUUGCCACCAAUGUUGAGGUGUACUGGCCAGAUGGUCGUUCAGCGGCCCGACCCCUGGAGCCUUCAGACGUCAACACAGUGCUGGAGAUCCACUAUCCAAGAGAUGAGGAAGAAGUCACUCCUACUGUGGAAAUAGAGUGUGGUCAUGGGUUUGCUCUGAAUGAGAAUGGCCGUUGCACAGAUAAAGAUGAGUGUACCCAGUUUCCCACUGUGUGUCCCUCUGACCGCCCUGUCUGCACCAACACCUAUGGCAGCUAUAAGUGCCGUGCCAAGAGGAGAUGCAACCAGGGCUUUGAGCCCAACGAUGAUGGGUCAGCCUGUGUGGCCCAGGUGGCUUACUUUGGGGGGACGCGGUCUUCUGGAGAACGCAAGCGUUCGGGCCUUUCUUUCUGGAUGCUCCCUGUCUCUAUGCUACCACUUGUCUCUACCCAUCUUCAGACUGGACUACUGUAGCGGUCACUGUCUUCUCCCCUUCAUAACUCUCUCCACUGGUAAAUGGGGAUGUACAGAACCUAUCAGAUCAAACUUUUCACUGAAUCAUCUACUACUUCUCCUAUGUGGAUGUCUGCUAUCUAUUUCCAUCAGUUAUUUACAGCCUUGCCCCCUCCUCACUGCUGCUAUGUGUCACCUCUUGGCUCCCAGCCCCCUCUGGACUAUAAAGAAACACACAGGGAGCAUGCUCGCUGGGAACUAUGGGGUUCAGGACUGACUGUGUCAAACUCGCAGAGCCCUCACGUCAUCACCUGGCACUUAUCUUAGUGGGACCUGAACUGAGGCCAAGUCAAUAAGUGGACCUGCAGCGUAUAAACAACUGCUCAUACUUUACAGCAGACUGAUCUACUGGCUUCACACACCACAUUUAUUAGAGACACGCUGAGACCCCAUCUGUAUCUCCACAAUGCCACUAUGGUAAUCCUUGCAAUGUCACUCUCAUUCUUAUUAUGGGCUUACUGGGAUGCCUAGGAACACCAGGUAUCCAAGCUUUAGGCUUCUGUGUGUGUGUGUGUGUGUGUGUGUGUGUGUGUGUGUGUGUGUGUGUGUGUGUGUGUGUGUGUGUGUGUGUGUGUGUGUGUGUGUGUGUGUGUGCGUGCAUGCGUGUGUGGGAGGAACAUAUGCCAGACCAUCUGUCUUCGAUGGUAGGUCACAUCAAGUUACUAUACCUAUGAAUAAUACAACAGCACAGUGAAAAAUAAACACACGUGUAUGUGUGUGUAUGCACAAGAAUAGACGGGAACAAAUUCAAAAAAUGUAAGUACAAUAGCCGGAAGGUGUACUUGAAACAUAAUUGACAUAGCCAUUUUGUAAUCAUUUUUCACAUAAUGCAGAACUGCAAAUUUUCUUCAUCUUUUUCAUCAGCCUACAAUAUUUACUGCUAAUAGUAAUCCCUAAUUUAGUACUAAUUGCUCAUUUUCAACAAGAGCAUGAAGACAAAAGAGGAUGUGGAUUUUUAUGGACCAUGGAAAUUAAUGUUCUUGAAAAAUACCUCAAACAAAACUUACCAGUUCAUUUAAUGUAGCGCUGGUGAUGUUUGAACACCGAUGGAGGUCUGUGGCACAGAGGAAGAAACUUGUCAGUAGGGUCAAUUCAUUGUUGAUUUUGGUCUUUUUAAGGGAUUUGUUGACCGUAAAUAAAAUCUAAAAUAUCACCAGAUGUAUCCUUUGAAUUGAGAAUAUUAAAUGAACGUCAACUCACAAUAUUUAAGGUUAUUGAUAACUUGGCACCCUUUUCCAUUAAAAUUAAAUAAAUAUCAAGAAGCAAAGACAAAAGGAAGAUGUGUGGCUAUGUGGGGGGGCUGUGAUUUAUUGCAUUAAAUAAAAACAAACCUCACUUGUCCUACAUUACUGUAAUGUGUGUGAGGUGAUCUUUUUUUUUUAGGUUGUAAACACAGUAGUGUUCAUAGUGAAGCCCUUGACAUGCUGUGGUGAAGUAAAAUGCAUAAAGCACAUGGAACCCUUCAUUUUCUAUUUAACAAUACAUACAUCAUUAUUGUCACAUUCCCAUGUGUUUCUUGCAACUUUUCAGGAAAUUAAUAAAUAUUUUGGCAGAAAAGUUGACCAAAAAGUGAAAGCAUUGUCGUUUACAAGAUACUGACACACAUUUUUGCUUCCACAUUAUUCUGCAGAGAACAAUCAGCUCUCCUCAGCAAUCCCACUACAGAAAAUGCACAACACAAUCAUCUUAUCCAGAGUUAGACCGCGUUCACUGUCAUAGCAGAGGAUAGCUUCAUCAAGUGUUGGCAAGUAGUCAUCCAGAGUAGUGACUGUGUGUGUAUAUGUGCGUGUGUGCGUGCGUGCAUGCGUGUAAACGUGUGAUUCAUGGAUUUCUCCAUAUUCACUCACUGAGGCAAGUGUUAUAUAUUUUGGAAAUAUUUGGCCAAAAAACCUUGCACAUUCCAUUUAAGAAACAGCACCAGACUGGGCCCCUUGACAUCAGUCCCCGAGCCUGCUAAUGAGCUGGACCCAAACCACAGAUCAUGCCACCUGUAAAUAUCAAACAUUUCAGCUGAGACUUAGAGACUGAACUUAUUUCUCUCAGAGACAUUUGUAAUGAAAACUAAGUGGCAUCGGAGCAUGAAAAACUAAUAAACAAACACUGAUGGAUGUGUUAAAGCAAUUAGAGUUACUCGCUACGGAUCUGUGUUGGAUUCACGUCGAUAAUGUUGUCAUGCUCUCUGUGUAAGCCAGAGACUCUGUGGAGGAGAGAGAGACCAAGGGUUUAGCAACAUCAUGUCCACUCAAGUCAAAUAUUUGAAUGUUUGCUCAGAAAUGUUCAAUAACAGAUAUGUUAAAUAGGUUCAACUGAUGUUGCUGUAAUGAUGUGAUUGAAAGGACAGAAUGGAAACUUUUUUGUAGUUUGAAUCACACUCUUGGGUCAGACUUGAACUGAUAUUUAAGCUCACAGUUUGCAUGAACAAUGAAAUCCACAGGUGUUUAUCAAAAUUGCACGCUUUUAAAGGCCAUACCGGUGUUAUUGACCCUUUUCCUCACAUUCUUCUACUUAAUCUCCACAAUCCUUAUAACAAUGUAGUUAUCUGUUGUCAAAGACAUGGUUGUGUGAAUCUAGUUUGUAUCUUUUCCUAUACAUGUGUUGAAAUGGGUUGUGAAAUUUCAGCUAAUUCUGAUGUUUGUAAACAAAGAAAGGAUAACACUGACGAUUGUUGGCUAUUUGACAGCUCUUAACUACAUGUACAUACAUACACAUGCAAUAUGCAACCAAACAUACCAGUCACAGUAUUUACUGUUUCUACUCUGGCCAUUGAAAUCACAGAUCAUUAUACAAGACUCAACUCGAGAUAAGCUUUUCUGUGUCAGGUGAAACUUGAGUUUAUUCAAAAUAUGAGGCAAUGCUGAAGAAAAUAAAUGAAAGCCACAGUGAUGGAUUACAACGCCCAACCACUUUAAACAUACCUGAAAAUAGAGUUACAUAUUUUUGGGCUAGAUUGGAAGUUCAUGGCUACAAAAAGGUAGCGAAAUGACACAUUCAUCAGUAACUACAAUUACAGAAUAGAAUCCACUAAGAGCAAGGUAAGCCUUUCACUCUGGGAUUCUUAAACUGUGUAAUGUACCUUAACAGUGUCAUUGAAAGCUGUCCAACGACCUGCAGGAUGGAUGCUGUGUGGGUGUGUGUGUGUGCGUGUGUGUGUGUGUCUGUGUGUGUGUGUGUGUGUGUGCGUGCGUGUCUGGCAUGGUCACUGCCAUGGCAUUGUUUUGCGCCCCAGAGGCUCCAGCUGUGUUUUUUUCUGCUGAAAUGAACUGCAUUUGGAGAUGUCCCUGUACAAAAUAAAACCUGGAACACAAUG